AUGUCUUCGAUUAAUGUUUUAGAAAUUGCACCAUUUUUGGCCUUUCAACUUACUGCAGAACUUGACGCACGUAUGGAAAGAUUAACUGUGGAUCUUACAUCACGAGAUGCCACAAUUGUGGUCGAGAGACAGAGAAUCCUGACAAUGGUAAAUACUGUAAUUGAAACUAUUAAUGAAAUCACCACCAAUUAUGAAUCCCUUCGUGACCAGUUGGACCAAAUAACUGAGAUGGGUUCUGUGGCACCAUUAAUAUCUGAACAAUUUGCUGGCCCAUCCGUAUCUACGUCCAAUUUUUCUCAAAGAUCUUCUGGUUCUUCUCUGGGUUCUUCUAGUGGCUCAA